AUGCCACCGUUUCCGAGCGGAUGCUGGACUUGCAAACUCAGACAUCGGAAAUGCGACUCCCAUGUCCCCGUGUGUAGGGAAUGCACAGACCGACGCAUUCCGUGCCACGGCUAUGGCUCCAAGCCUGAGUGGAUGGACGGAUCGAUUGCUGAGCAUGAAGAGCUUCAGCGAAUCAAAAGGGCUGUCAAACGGAAUCUUAAGAAGCUUCGAAAACAACCGCGGAAUCGAAACCUUAGAAGAUGCGUUACAGUGAGGUUUUCACCAGAUGGAGGUGCCCAGAGCGAGACGCCGCCAGCUCCAGAAACUGCUGAACUCUCAACUUCGUCACUAUUGGAACAAGCGUUAGAUCAUGGCUUUGAUAAUCUUGAUUCUAUAGAUGCUGGGAGUAGAUCAACACUCACCCCAAGGCCGAUACAAGAGGAAGAAGCUACACAGCCAUUCUCUCCAUCACAAGAUCCCACUCCACCUUGCAUCUUGCCGCCCAGGCUGGCAUCUCUGAUCAUGUACUAUCUCGAUCAUGUGUUUGUUUGGCAAUUCCCUUACUUUAGACCCCAGUCCUGUUUGGGCAACAGAAGCUGGCUUCUUGUAUUCCUCACGAACGGCGGUUCGUUGUCAUAUGCUGCCCUUGCACUCGCCACCUUGCAUCGAGAAGCAUCCUAUAAGAACCGUGUCUAUAACCAGGAAGCUUUUGAGCUUCACUCAAUGGCGUUGAGAGAGUUGCGUAAGCUCUCGCAGCACACUGAGGCUGAAACACUCCUUGGCGAUCUACCUAAGCUUGCCGAGUUCGUAGCGGCGAGUCUGACACUGAUAAGUUUCGAGGUGUUUAAUGGAGCUGAAUACGACUGGGUUCCGCACCUCGACGCUGCGACGGCUGUUCUCGCCAUGCACUCGCCAGAAGCCCUGCUACGGACUCCAUCAUCACCUGGAAACAAUUCGCCUUUUCCAGCUAGUGAUGGCCUUGAUGAUGAACCCCAUCAAUCGCAACUUGGUUUCAAUUUUCUUGUAGCUGAAGCAUUGUGGCAUGACAUCCUGGCAUGUGCCACAACAGGUCGAGUCCCGCGAAUACCUUAUCGGCAAUGGCUGGAAGGGACAGGUCUCGAGAUGGCUAAUUUGAUGGGCUGUUACAACUGGGUGAUGGUGGCUAUUGGAGAUCUUGCACAUCUCCAAGCCUGGAAAAAGGAGAUGAGGCAACAAGAGAGGUUGAGCGUGCCCGAGUUGGUGAGAAGAGGUCAAAGAAUAGACAAGAGAUUACAGGACGGCAUCAAUGAACUAAAGCAAAUUGCCAAAGUGAGAGGCGAUAUUCGAGGUAAUAUGCAGCCGGCCCCAUGGGUCUCGCACAUUUUUGCAAUUGCGUCAUUAGUCUUAUCAAGUUCGAUAGUCUCCGGUCCUUGGGCAUCUCUCCCUGAAGUCAGAGAUGCGAUUUCAGAGUCUGUAAUUGUACUAAAGAAUUGGCCCCAAGCCAUUCCUCUCCGGGGUCUUGUCUGGCCCCUCUAUAUCAUUGGUUGCAUGGCCGAGGCCAAUCUGCAGGGUUACUUUGAGUCACUUUUAUCGAGUGUGUUGGAAGAGAGUGGAGGGUUUGGAAACAGCGGCACUGUGAUUAAGCUCUUGAAAAACUGUUGGGCUACACUGCCAAAUUACAACGGUGAUAGGCUAGAAUCAGUGUUCCAGACAGGAGGCAAUGUAUUGCUAACAUAG